CUUCAAUGCUGUUACUGAUGCUUCUGCUAUAAAAACAGAAUACAAAUGGCAAGUUGCUACUAUUAUCAGUGUUUGCUUCUUCAUUCUAAUUCCUUCUGGAGAAUGGUUUCAUUACCUUGCCUUCGCUUUCGCUCAAAUUUCUCAAGCGCCAUAGCCACGAGUUACUCACGCAAUCUUCCAGCGCCGAAUCUGUUUCGUUCUUCACGCACACUGGUCUCGAAGGGUUAUUGUAGUGCAUCUUCAGAUUCGCCUGGAGUUGGUCUUGCAACUUCUCCGAGUGCCGAUACGUUGGUUCCCGAAACUAGAGGUGGACCCGUUCAAGCUCCGCAGCUUGGUUCUGUUGGAACUGCGGAACGUGCCGUAAACACCGAUCCUUUAGAUGGUAGAGUUAUGCUCAUUGAUGGUACAUCGGUUAUUUAUAGAGCAUACUACAAGCUUUUAGCAAAAUUGCACCAUGGUCAUCUAACACAUGCGGAUGGAAAUGGAGAUUGGGUUUUAACGAUAUUUACAGCUCUAUCACUUGUGAUUGAUGUUUUGGAAUUUAUCCCUUCCCAUGUGGUGGUAGUGUUUGAUCAUGACGGAAUUCCUUUUGGUCAUACUUAUAAUUCAUCAAAAGAAAGUUUUACUGCAAAAGGCAAGAAUUUUCGGCACAACCUAUACCCCGCAUACAAGAGCAAUCGUCCUCCAACUCCUGAUACCAUCGUUCAGGGGCUUCCAUACUUGAAAGCGUCCAUCAAUGCUAUGUCCAUAAAAGUCAUUGAGGUUCCAGGUGUAGAAGCAGAUGAUGUGAUUGGAACAUUAGCGUUAAGGAGUGUUGAUGCUGGAUACAAGGUACGAGUUGUCUCCCCAGACAAAGACUUUUUUCAGAUUCUAUCUCCUUCAUUACGUCUCCUUAGAAUUGCUCCACGUGGUGAUCAGAUGGCUUCAUUUGGAGUUGAGGAUUUUGAAAAGCGAUAUGGAGGCCUGAAACCAUCCCAGUUUGCUGAUAUGAUUUCACUUUCUGGUGACAGAUCUGACAAUAUUCCAGGAGUUAAUGGAAUUGGAGACGUUCAUGCUGUGCAAUUGAUCAGUAAAUUUGGCACAUUGGAGAGGUUGUUGGAAUGUGUUGAUCAAAUUACAGAGGAUCGUAUUAGAAAGGCCUUGAUUGCAAAUGCUGAGCAGGCUGUCUUAAGCAAGGAACUGGCAUUGUUGCGUUCUGAUCUUCCAUUCUACAUGGUGCCCUUUGCCGUAGGAGACCUCGCAUUUAAUAAACCACAGGACAAUGGCAGCAAAUUCAGCAGUCUCUUAACCGCUAUCGGUGCCUACGCAGAAGGGUUUUCAGCUGAUCCUAUCAUCAGGAGAGCAUGUCAUUUGUGGAGAAAGUUGGAUUCAAGAUGAAGUUCAUUGAGUCAUAAGCUUUUCUUGCACAGAGGGGAUUCUUUGAAUAGAACAUGCCAGUACUGGAACAACACGAGGGUAUUUAAGUGUAUAUAGAAAACAGAGCAUGAGUUUUUCUUGUUCUGAAAUCAAUGCAUUCUGGUGGGCCAAAUUUACUUUUUGGUUAUUCUUUGUAGUUUGUUCUUCUCAGGACGAAAGAAUAAAUUUUGUUUAA